GGCCUGGGCACGAUGGCGCGGCCUGAGGGGCCCCCGACGCUGCCCGAGCCCCUGCGGCGGCGGCUCGUCUCCUUCAGCAGCUCCGUGUUCAGCGACAGCCACCGCGCCGCGCUCGAUCACGUCCCCCGCGCUCCCCCGGGCUUCCCGGGCUACCGCGCAGAUUGUGAAAUCCUUUCCAGUUUGCCACUGCAGAUGUCCCUCUAUUUCAAUGUUUAUUUCUUCCCGUUUUGGUGGCUCAUCACAGUUGCCAUCCUCUACCUGAAGUAUCCAGACUUAUCAGAUUAUUACAAGUUCAUCCUGGUCACCGUCAUGAUCCUGGUCUCUCUGACAGAGCUCAUUCGACUGUACCUGGGAUAUGUGGGCAACCUCCUGGAGAAAGUGCCUGAGCUGGCUGGGUUUUGGCUCCUGACUCUCCUCCCGCAGUUGCCUAUAAUUCUCUUCUUGCUAUUUAAUGAAGGUCUGAAAAUCCACUCUCUGGAGCGAGCCAUGCACAUCAUCUUUGCUGCCUUCCUCUCCUUCCAAGUGGUCGCGGCCUUUUUCGCCCUGAGAAGGAUGGUGAACACUCUGGCCACUCGCUUCCGCCUGACAGAGUUCCACCGCCUGGAGGAGCAGCGCCCCGCAUCUGGCGGUCACAGCCUGGCCACAGGGAGCAGCUCCCAGGGCUGCUAGAGUUCACAGCCUGGCCACAGGGAGCAGCUCCCAGGGCUGGUAGAGUUCACAGCCUGGCCACAGAGAACAGCUCCCAGGGCUGGUAGCGUUCACAGCCUGGCCACAGGGAACAGCUCCCAGAGCUGGAAGGGUUCACAGCCUGGCCACAGGGAGCAGCUCCUGGGGCUGCUAGGGUUCACAGCCUGGCCACAGGGAGCAGCUCCCAGGGCUGCUAGGGUUCACAACCUGGCCACAGAGAGCAGCUCCCAGGGCCAGAAGGGUUCACAGCCUGGCCACUCUGGGAGCAGCUCCUGGGGCUGGUAGGGCCCCCGCUGCCGGCACAGGUCACGCCCCGAGGGCUUCGGGAGGUAACGGAACCCGGCUCAAGGUUGCUACAGUUCUCUUUCCAUUUUGUUGGGUCAUUCUUUGCCUUCUUGCCUCAGAGGUAUUUGAAAAAACUGAUCUUGCUCGAGAGCCAGCAUUAAACCUCAGAGGCUGGAGUUCAUUUCUGCAAGGAAAAUCAAAGCCAAUUGCAUGACUGACUUGAGUGGACUAUUUGUGGACUGAUACUGAGUGGACUUGGAGAGUUUUGUGUGUUACAAAGUUCUGGCAUUUUAAAAACAACAGAAGCCUUUUUCCUCACAGUUUGCACAAAAUUAUUUUGUUUACAA